CCUAAAACGGCAAUUUUUGCAUUUUAAUUGUUUAAAAGGUCACUAAAAUUUAGUGAGAAUUAGUUCCCUGCUUCCUCCCUGGCAACUAUAAAUUUACAGCUGUUGUCGCGCUCAUGUGCUAUUUUUAUUUUAUGAUGGUGAUGGCAUAGUGUGAAAAGUUUGGGGUUUUUUAGAGUUGCGGAGAGUAUCAUAAGAAGAUAUUGAAUUAUCUAUAAUAAUAAGGACAAUCUGUGAUAUUAUGGAAUUGGAAUUUACAUUGAUUUUGAAUUUGAUUUAAAUAUAUAUUACUUUUAUUCAUUCAUUCUUUUUUUUAACUACCUUUCUAUCUUUUUCAAAAGUUACUUUGUUUUCCUUUUCCAUACACCCUGUUGCUAGAUAAGAUUAGUCCCAAAAUCAAUAAAAUCAAAUCAUCAUCAUGUCAGGUAUUGAAUUAGCCGUUGCUGGUUUAUUAGGUUCUCAAUUAUUAGAAGCCAAAUUGCAUAUCAAAGAAGAUUUCUUACUUGCUCAAAAAGUUGUAAGAGGUGCUCUUCCAUAUUUGUAUAGAUCAUCACAUGGUAAAGCCAGUUAUUGGUAUUACUUCGAACAAACCGCUUUGAAAUAUCCUAAUAAUAAAGCUAUUGCCUUCCCAAGACCUAAGAAGGAUCCUCCAACUCCAAAAGUCGACGAUAAAGGUUUUAAAAUCUAUGAUGAUCAAUUCACAGUUGAAACUUAUACUUAUCAAGAAUUAUAUGACAUCAUCUUAAGAUUCUCAUAUAUUUUGAAAUAUGAUUAUGGAGUUACAGCUGAACAAACUAUUGCUGUUGAUUGUAUGAAUAAACCAUUAUUCAUUUUCCUUUGGUUAGCAUUAUGGAAUAUUGGUGCUACUCCUGCUUUCUUAAAUUUUAAUACUAAAGAUAAACCUUUAGUUCAUUGUAUUAAAAUCGCUAAAGUAUCUCAAGUUUUUAUUGAUCCAGAUUGUGCUGAUCCAAUUAGAGAAACUGAAGCAAAAAUUAAUGAAGAAUUACCUCAAGUUAAAUUGCAUUAUAUUAAUGAACCGGAAUUAUUAAAAGUCUUGACCGAUAAAUCAAGACCAAAACAUAGAGCUAGUGAUAAAACUAGAAGACCAGAUGAUAGAGAUUUUGAUUGUUGUGCUUUGAUUUAUACUUCUGGUACCACUGGUUUACCAAAAGCUGGUAUAAUGUCUUGGAGAAAAGCUUUUAUGGCCGCUUACAUUUUCGGUUAUAUUGUUAAAAUAAAACAAUCUUCAAAUGUCUUGACUGCUAUGCCAUUAUAUCAUUCUACAGCUGCCAUGUUGGGGGUUUGUCCAACUUUAUUAGCUGGUGGUUGUGUAUCUGUAUCUCAGAAAUUCUCUGCUACUUCAUUCUGGACUCAAGCAAGAUUAACUGGUGCUACUCAUAUGCAAUACGUUGGUGAAGUUUGUCGUUAUUUAACUAAUUCCAAAUAUCAUCCUGAUCAAGAUAGUCAUAAUAUUCGUAUUGCUUAUGGUAAUGGAUUACGUCGUGAUAUUUGGUUAGAUUUCAAAAAGAGAUUCCAUAUUGAAGCCAUUGGUGAAUUCUAUGCUUCAACUGAAUCACCAAUUGCAACUACUAAUUUACAAUAUGGUGAAUUUGGUGUCGGUGCAUGUCGUAAAUAUGGUUCCUUACUUAAUCUUUUAAUGUCAUUCUCUCAGACAUUAGUAAAGAUGGAUCCAAAUGAUGAAAGUGAGAUUUAUAGAGAUCCAAAAACUGGAUUCUGUAUUCAAGCUGCUAAUAGUGAACCAGGUGAAUUAUUAAUGAGAAUUUUAAAUGCUACCAAACCAGAAGAAACUUUCCAAGGUUAUUAUGGUAAUAAACAAGCAUCUUCCAAAAAGAUCCUUUUUGAUGUAUUUAGAAAAGGUGAUGCCUGGUUUAGAAGUGGUGAUUUAUUAAAAACUGAUGCUGAUGGAUUAUUAUACUUCGUGGAUAGAUUAGGUGAUACCUUCCGUUGGAAAUCCGAAAAUGUCUCCGCCACUGAAGUUGAAAAUGAAUUAAUGGGAUCGAAAACCAUUAAACAAUCCGUGGUGGUUGGAGUUCAAGUUCCAAAUCAUGAAGGUAGAGCAUGUUUUGCUGUUCUUGAUCCAUUAGAUGAAUAUCUCGAUACUUCAAAACAUCAAGAUAUCUUAUCCAAGAUCUAUGCUCAUGUAAAUCAUUCAUUACCAAAAUAUGCUGUACCCCAAUUCAUUAAGAUUGGUCGUGAAAUUGAAGCUUCUCAUAAUCAUAAAGUUCCAAAGAAUCAAUUUAAGAAUCAAAAAUUACCAAAAGGGGAAAAUAAUGAUGAACUUAUUUAUUGGUUAAAUGGGGAUAAAUAUGAAGAAUUAACUCAUGAAGCUUGGAGUACGAUCAUUAAUGGAGAAGCUAAAUUAUAGACGUUUUGUUUCUGCUCUCCAUUGUGUUACUAUUUCCAAAGUUAUUUCCCCUGUUUACACUCUACAGUGACUGUUAGUUUUUUUAUUUAUUUAUAUUUUAGUUAUUGUUUUGAUUUUUUUUUUUAGAUGUUUUCUUUCUUUCUUCCAUUCUCUUUCUUUUUA